AAAUAUGUCGAGAAGCCCUGUCCCCGUUUCAUGCACACAUCAUCCCCCCUCAUUUCUCUUUCUCUAGAAACCUCCCCAAAACCCUCAGAACCCUAAACCCCAUUUGUGCGGUUUCUCUCUGUGAAGCCCCAAGGUGUUACCAGCACCACCAGCAAUGGCGCUGUACUCUCUCCGUCUUCGCCGAACCCUAACCUCGCUCUCCACACUCCACCGCUCUCUGUCUGCAGUUCCUGCAAUCCCUGCAAUCUCCACUCCCGCUCUACAAUCUCCGCUUCUCCAGGGCCCCACCUCCAGUUACACGCCGUCGCACCCCUGGGCUCUCCCUGUCCAAUCCCGGCUGUUCAGAUUGACGAGCGUCGCGCUUUUCUCGUCCCGCUCAACCUACAACAGCAAGGACACCGAAGAGAUCGGCCCGGACACCAUACUGUUCGAAGGUUGCGAUUACAAUCACUGGCUCAUCGUUAUGUCUUUCCCUAAAAACGACAAGCCCACCCCCAAGCGAAUGAUCGAGAUCUACGAGCAGACCUGUUCUAGGGGCCUUAACAUCAGCGUGGAGGAGGCGAGAAAGAGAAUUUAUGCUUGUAGUACAACAACGUAUGAGGGCUUUCAGGUUGUGAUGACGGAAGAAGAAUCAAACAAAUUUAAUGCAAUAGAUGGAGUUACUUUUGUGUUACCGGAUUCUUACAUAGAUCCAGUAAACAAGGAGUAUGGAGGUGAUAAAUACAUUAACGGAACAAUUAUACCAAGGCCACCCCCUGUUCAGUAUUGGAAGCAGGGAAGAAACCGUGAUCGUGGAUAUGGCCGGGAAGGUCAAACUACAAAUCAGCAGCAUAGACCCUCAAAUGGCUACCAGAUGUCAGGAGAUGGAAGGAACCAUGGUGCUCCACAAAAUUAUCAAUCACAACAGAAUUAUGCUGCACCAGGACCAGGAGAAAGAAGAGAUCAUAUGCCCAUGAACAGGAACCAUGGUGCUCCCCAAAAUUAUCCAUCUCAGCAGAAUUAUGCUCCACCAGGACCAGGUGAAAGAAGAGAUCCUAUGCCCAUGAGUAGGAAUUAUGCCCAGGGAGGAAUGGGUACUUACCAGUCAGGGAGGGGAGAUCCAACACCUCCAUAUCAGGGCAAUUACAACCAAGGGGGGCAGGGAGAUUAUUCUCCCCAACAACAAAGGGACUUCCCCAAGAGUCAUUAUGAACCUCCUGCACAGGGGAAUUUUGUGGGAGCCAAUAGGAAUUAUGUUCCUUCACAAGAUGGCACUUCUGGGCGAGGAGCAGCUGGAUAUCAAGGCCAGGAAACAUAUGGAGCUUCUGGGCAGGGAGCAAGUUCUGGCUCUGAGCACAGUUACCCAGGGCAUGGAGAAGGUCAAAGGUUCUCACAAGAGGAGCAGAGGAACUGGCAAGGAGAGCAAAGGACCAAUGUACCAAGAGGACCAACGAGAAGUGACCAAGGGAGAUAUUGAUAAUAUCUUAAAUGGUUACUUGAGAGCAUGAUGUGAAUGGAUCUGUAAAGAAGUUGUUCUCUCCUUCAUUCUCAUCAGUAAGGACAGAAAUUAUAAGGCCUUCCAAGUUCGUCACCAUAAAUAGUCUACUAAUUUUUCCUUUUUUUGUGCCUCUUUAUUUAACUUCUGAAGUUGAAUUGGUAAUUUCCUUGAUGAAAGCUUGAACUUUGAUUUCUGAUCCUACCAAAAUUUCUAGGUUGAUUACAA